AGCGGGGUUUGGUUUCCAGCGUUGAGGGCUUCCGCUGGGGGCCUCCGCCGCAGGCAGCAUGUCGGGGGUCCGCGCUGUGCGGAUCAGCAUGGAGUCGGCCUGCGAGAAGCACGUGCAGGAAGUGGGCCUGGAUGGCACUGAGACCUACCUGCAGCCGCUGUCCAUGUCCCAGAACCUGGCGCGCCUGGCCCAGCGGAUCGACUUCAGCCAGGGUUCGGGCUCCGAGGAGGAGAAGGAGGCGGCGGGGGCCGAGGGCGACGCGCAGGACUGGGCGGGCGCCGCCAGCGCGGACCAGGACGACGAGGAAGGUAGGAAGGUAGCUGCUUGGCCAUUGGUGAAGUUUCAACCUUCCUUAUGGCCUUGGGACUCAGUGAAGAACAAUAUGAGAAGUGCCCUGACAGAAAUGUGUGUUCUUUAUGAUGUUCUCAGUAUUGUUAGGGAUAAAAAGUUUAUGACUCUCGAUCCUGUCUCUCAGGAUGCACUUCCUCCAAAACAGAAUCCUCAGACGUUGCAGCUGAUAUCUAAAAAGAAGUCACUUGCUGGAGCAGCACAAAUCCUAUUGAAGGGAGCAGAAAGACUGACUAAGUCAGUUACGGAAAACCAAGAAAACAAGCUACAAAGAGACUUCAACUCUGAGCUCUUGAGAUUAAGGCAACACUGGAAGCCUAGAAAAAUUGGAGAUAAAAUUCUUGGUGAUCUGAGCUACAGAAGUGCAGGAUCUCUUUUUCCCCAUCAUGCUACAUUUGAAGUAAUAAAGAACACAGAUAUUGAUCUGGAUAAGAAGAUACCUGAAGGUUACUGUCCCCUUGAUGUCCAAAUUCCUAGUGAUUGAGAGGGUUUUGCAUAUAUCAAGGUGUCCAUUCAAAAACAGGCUCCAGACAUUGGUGAUCUUGGCACAGUUAAUCUCUUCAAGCGAUCUUUGCCCAAAUCCAAACCAGGUUCCCCACAUUGGCAGGCAAAAUUAGAGGCAGCACAGAAUGUUCUCUUGUGUAAAGAAAUUUUUGCGCAGCUCUCUCGGGAAGCUGUUCAAAUUAAAUCACAGAUUCCUCACAUUGUAGUGAAAAACCAGAUUAUCUCUCAACCCUUUCCAAGUUUGCAGUUACCUAUUUCUUUGUGCCAUUCCUCAAAUGAUAAGAAAUCCCAGAAAUCUGCUAUUGAGAAGCAAAGUCCAGAAGAUCAUCUCUAUGUCCUGGAGCAUAAUUUGCACCUACUGAUUAGAGAGUUUCAUAAACAGACCUUGAGUUCCAUCAUGAUGCCUCACCCAGCAAGUGCACCUUUUGGCCACAAGAGAAUGAGACUUUCGGGUCCUCAAGCUUUUGAUAAAAAUGAAAUUAAUUCUUUAGUGAAGGACUUCUGGAAAAAAAUAAUUAAAUAAGCAAAGCAUAUUUUUCUAAGGAUCAGAACUGCUGCAACCAUUGACAGCUUAGCAAGCCGCAUUGAGGAUCCUCGGAUACAGGCCCAUUGGUCAAAUAUCAAUGAUGUUUAUGAGUCUAGUGUGAAAGUAUUGAUCACCUCACAAGGUUAUGAGCAAAUAUGCAAGUCCAUUCAGCUGCAGUUGAACAUUGGAGUUGAGCAGGUCCGAGUCGCUCACAGAGACGGAAGAGUGAUUACGCUAGCUCAUCAGGAGCCCGAGCUACAGGAUUUUCUUUUGUCUCAGAUGUCACAGCAUCAGGUGCAUGCAGUGCAGCAGCUGGCCAAGGUUAUGGGCUGGCAGGUACUCAGCUUCAGCAAUCAUGUGGGACUUGGGCCCAUAGAGAGCAUUGGCAAUGCCUCCGCCAUAACAGUGGCCUCCCCGAGUGGAGACUAUGCUAUUUCAGUUCGUAAUGGACCUGAAAGUGGCAGCAAAAUUAUGGUUCAGUUUCCUCGUAACCAGUGUAAAGAUCUUCCAAAAAGUGAUGUUUUACAAGAUAACAAAUGGAGUCACCUUUGUGGACCCUUCAAAGAAGUCCAGUGGAAUAAGAUGGAAGGUCGGAACUUUGUUUAUAAGAUGGAGCUGCUUAUGUCUGUGCUUAGUCCUUGUCUACUGUGAUCUUUUCCAGGACAGCUUCCAGAAACCUUGACUUGAGAUGUUUGCAGAUAAGUUAUAAGCACAAGGAAGGGAAAUCUUCCAAAGGUGUAUUUUUUUUUUUUUACGAAAAUAAUAAAUGUUUAACUAGCAGUUUGAAACCUUUCACUUUACAGGUAGCAAGUACUUUGAAAUGCAGAAGUUUAAAUACAGUUGUAGGUAUAUAGUAGGGGAAGAUGUAAGAUAAUAUUUUUAUACAGUUAACCUGAAAAAUGUUAUUAAUUUGCUUUUUAAA